GGAUGAAAUUGGCCUAGCGGUUUAUGAGGAGAUGUCGUUUAAAGUAAAAGUUUACGGACGGACAACGGACGAUGGACGAAUGACGCCGGACGACGAGUGAUCAGAAUAGCUCACCCUGAGCCUUUGGUUCUGGUGAGCUAACAACAACAACAAACCCUCAGAAAAUCAUCGUAUUAUGAAGCUGCUCCUACUCUGAAACACUACUUUUAAAGAUAUUGUUCAUGUUAACACAUCUCAAAUUACUGUAAAAUGCAGUGUAACAGAUCUACAGCUAAUUUGGUUUGUAGUCAAAGUAACACAUGUGGCAGCCUUCUAUCACCUGCUGGUGAACUGCAGAUAUAAGCUGAUUUGCUCUGUUACCGUGACAAUCCUCAAGCCGAAUCACACCAUUAGUCUCACACUACUUAAAGGCUAAAAAAGUAAUUUUAUUUUGUCUUCUACCUAUUUAUUUUUUGGAAGGGUAUCACUAAAUUGUUUAAUUUCAGUGUUCAAACUUUGAUUUAAUGCAGUUAUUAGAUACAAUGCACAGUUUUUGGUUAACAUUAAGCAGUUAAUGUAAAGCAUUUUUCCAAUAUUUUUUUCUUCUGGGAGGAUAAGAAACAAAUAUUUCUGUAUCAGUGCUCUUGAAAGAAUAUAAGCUUUAUUUACAGUGAUAUGACUGUCAAUAUUAAAUACUGUUAUAUGAAAGUUGUAAUAUGUUAACAAUAUUCAGAAGAACAAAUAAAAGUGUUUCUGGACUUAAUACAAAAUCAGGUUAUAUGAGUAUGGAUUUAUUUUCAUCAAGGUAUUAUACUUUCCUGCAAUAAUCUUUUUUUACUGUUGCAACUAUACAAUUUAUGUAACAUUAAAAUCAUAUUUAUUAAAGAAUUACUGCAUACUUAUUCCAAGAUUAAAAAUGUCUAAGAAUGUCUGUCAUUUUUAAUUUUUACUUCUUUUUUAACUGAGUUUUUAAUGCAGAAAAAAAACUUUAAUGACCACAUUUAAUUGCUACAAUUCUACUAUUACUCUUCAAUGUAUUUCUGCAUUUUCAUAUCUUCAGUUAAAAAAAAACAAAUGAAAAUGUAACAAGCAUCCUAAAUUUGAUUACAGAACAAAUAAAAACACACCAAGAGCUAAACCUGUUCAUGUGAGAACCAACAGUCAACAGCUGAACAUUUCAUCACCAAAAGGAGAGGUUGUCAUGGUAACAGGAGGGGCUGGGUUUCUAGGGCAACAUAUUGUCAGUCUGUUACAAACAAAGGCACCUCAUGUGAGGGAAAUAAGAGUCCUGGACCUCAAACUAUACAAUAACUUCCUAGGUCACAGUGACAGAAAGCCAAUUUCAUCUGUAAUAGGAAGUGUGACAGAUCUCAGUAUUCUAGCAGAAGCCUUAAAGGGUGUUGAUAGUGUGUAUCAUAUAGCAGGGAAAAUCAGCUAUGGUACAUUUCCUGACUUCAAGGGAAUGUACAACAUCAAUGUUGAAGGUACUGCCAACCUUAUAAAGGCCUGCCUCCUAAAUGAUGUCAAAAGAUUCAUUUACUGCAGUACUGUGGAUGUUGUCAUUGGAUAUGAUGACAUCAUAGAUGGAAAUGAGGCUAACACAGCGCCACCUACAGAAUUUUUAUUUCCAGGCUAUCCAGAGACAAAAUAUAAAGCAGAGUGCCUAGUUCUGAAAGCUAAUGGUACUCCAACACAAAAUGGAAGUCUGUUACAGACAAUGUCAUUGAGAGCUAAUGUUAUGUAUGGAGAGGGAGAUCCGUACUAUAUUACCAAUGGUCUACGGAAUGCACGAGAUUCCAAUGGUACAUUAUACCAAGUUGGUAAUGGCACAGCACUGUUUCAGCCAGUCUAUGUGGGGAAUACUGCCUGGGCUUUCAUUUGUGCUGAUAAAGAAUUGACUGGGAACUCAAAACUCGGUGGCAAGUUCUACUUCAUACCAGAUGACACUCCUCAACAGAACACAUUUGAAUUCAUGGAACCAUUCUUAGAGGUCAGAGGUUACAGACUGUCCUCAAUUAAAUUUCCUUUCAGACUGGUUUAUAUUUUCUUGCUUUUCUCAGAAUUAGUUGUGAAAGCAUUAUCUCCCUUGAUCAAGAUAAAUCUUCCAGCAGAAUCCUACAGUGUGAAGUAUAUCAAUAUGACCUUGACCUUUAGUAGCAUGAGAGCCAGACAAGAGCUUGGUUUCAAACCAAUUUUCUCACCGGAGGAAGCCAAACAGAGAAGUUUACUGUAUUACAAACAUAUGGAGCUAUAGGCAGAAUACAAAGCACUGUCAAUACUCAACUGCAGUCAGUUUAUCAUAUAAACAAUGGAACAGCAGACUUACAGAACAUUGAAACUUUGUGCUAAGUGAAUGAUUUGUUCUUUAUAAUGGGCUACCUGUGGUGACUAUAAAUAAUCUUUAAUAAUAAAUACAAAUCCGUACUUUUAUUCCCUGUAAAAUCCAAAAAUGAGUAAUAUUACAAGAGAAUAACUUAAUAUAUAGUAUAUACAUUUCUACAGCACAAUGGGAGGGGUUUUAUCUGCCUUGAAACCUAAAUGGGACGGGUUAAGUCCACCUUGAAAUUUCAGCAGGAGUGGUUUUGCCUGCCUUGAAAUUUUAAUGAGAGGGGUUUUGUCCUACCCAUUAAACUGUUGAUGUUUUGUCCCCUUCAUCAGGAAACAGCGGGAGGGGUUUUGUCUGGCUCCCAUUUAAGUGAUACUGUCCCUUUUUUAUGCAACUUGUACACUAAAUUCCUUUCAAAAUUUAUAAAAACUUGGAGAAAAAUUGCCUUUGGAAUUAAUGAUGUAUGCAAAGUGUCACAGAAUAGUACAAAAACAGGGAUGUAAAGGAGUAAAACAUAAGACACUUUUGACAAAAAUGAAAACCCUGCUUUUUCCAAAUAUUCAUAAUUGGUUUCAGUUCUUUUGUUAUAUUUCAAUAUCAGUUUUACAUCAUUUAUCAACCUUAUCAACCUCAGUGAAAAUAAAGCUAUUCAGAAA